AUGCAUGCGCAGGCGGCACUAGCACACCUAGAGGGCAUGGCGUUAGUUGAGCUGAGCCCGACACUGCCUUCAUUUGGCAUGCUGCCUGAGAUCGUGGAGAUUCACGUGCACUACAGCGGCGUUUUUGUUUUCCAUCCAUCAAUUCCUAUAAAGGACAUUUUGUUUUUCGCAGGUGUCAGCAUUGAGUGCUUGGACGAGUUUUUUGCCAUUGACAUCAGCGUUCCAGCCUUUGCGGCCCGGGACGCUGACUCGCACGGAGCAGGCAGCCCUGCGAAACCGUCCACGCUGGAGAGUGCGAUGCAACUUCUUCACUUGAUCUUUACUGCCUUUCAUUUUGAAGAAUCGGCUUUUCGCCGAGCGAAGCAACGAGCCCUCAUGGACUACCAUGCAUACACUCGAGACCUUGUGGGAUAUUCUCUGGGAGAGCUGAUUCUGAACAUGACCGGGCGCGAUCCGCGUUUUGACUCGUUGAAGCCCGCAGUGACUGCAGGAUUGGAGCUUCCAUUUGUGGAGCAGCAGAUGCGUUCCCACUUCGAGCGACAACUGGCCCGCGGAGCAAUUGAAGUUACGGUCGUAGGGGACAUCGACCCGGCGCAUGUCGCAAGGCUGGCGGCGACGUACAUAGGCACGAUUGGGCAUCCAAACACGAGCAGAGGACUCCUGGAGGGGGUUUUCCCCGUGUCACCCGGCCAGCGGCCCCUGCAAUCUCCCUACUACCACCUCCAGGAGACCUCAACGGGCGCGAUGACGCAAGAUUGGAAUCCAUCAUCUGAUACAGCGGAAGCGCCUUCGGCUGGCCAUUGGACAAAAACCUGGGGGAGGCGGCUGCAUGCCUACGUGCGGGACAGCGAGGCGCGAGCUGUGGUGCACAUUGGAGGUUUUGCGUGUAAUCGUUGGGGCAGGAACCCCAACGGCUCGUGGUUAUGGGACCAUAUGGAGGCCCUACAGCGCAGGGACGAUGCUAUUGCUGACCAAAUAGAGGGUAAAACGGCCGAAACGGAGCAGUACGGGACAGUCAAGCUCGUUACUAAGCGCCUUUUCUCGAUUUUGCGAGAAGAACAGCGGUUAACAUACGAAGCGGCUUUUGACGUCAUGUCCUUUGACAUUCUUUGGGGCGGAAUCUUCAUUAUUACGGUUCACACGCAGCCAGAAGAGGCAGAACGCGUCCUAGAGGCGACGCAUAUAGCGCUGCAACAGCUGACAAGCAUUAGACCUCUGCUGCAAUCCCAGCUAGACAGCGCAAAGCAGCAGGUACUCAGCCGCCACCUGCACGACCGCAAGUACGCGCGCUACUGGCUCGACCUCCUGGGGGGCCUACAGCUGGCCGAUGUUCCUCGCAAAACACCCCCAUACUUCUCGGAGUUUGAACGAAUGGUGAAGAGUAUUACUCUCCAAGACGUUCAUUUGCUUUUGCGAUCGCUUGGUCUCCGCCGAGAGAGCAUGUGGGAGGCCAUCGGAGUGUCUGGCCCAGUUCCCGCAGCGGCUCUUUCUCGCCCUCCCACAAGAAUCGUAGAUGCCCCUGUAGCAGCGCCUUCGAGCACUAGGCUGCGCGCUUCAGAAAUUGGCUAUGUUGCCCCUGUGUGA